CACACAUAUAUUCAAAAAACAAGCGGACCAAAAGUUCAAGAAAGAGAAACAAAACCAAGAAAAAAUUCUUAGUUUGAUUUACGAUUGAAUGACAAAAUGACAAAAAUUGCCUAUAUUCGUGCUACAAAUCGACAACAACAACAACAAUCAUCGCCAUCGAUGCCAAUAAAAUCAAUGAAUCAAUCGAUUAUACUUCAACCGUCGAUACCAUCAAUGAUGAUGAAUCAUCAACAGCGUCCUUCAUUUCCAAAUCCACAAUCAAAAAUGAUGAUGAUGAUGACCACGAAUAAUAAUAACAAUAAUAAUAAUGCACCAAAACCGAUGAUAAUGACACCGACAACCAGAUUCAAUACAAAUCCAAAUGUAUUAUUGGGAUUAGAUCAACAACAACAGAACGGUGUACGUAUAUCGAAACCAUUGAUGGAAAAACGACGCCGGGCACGUAUAAAUCAAUGUUUAUCACAAUUGAAAACAAUUGUUGUCGAUUCAGCUGGACAAUAUACACAGAAUAAUAAAUGUAAAUUAGAAAAAGCCGAUAUACUUGAAUUGACAGUAAAUUAUGUUAAACAGCUUCAUCAAGAACAUAUGGAACAAAAACAACAAUCAACAGGAAAAAUCGAUGAUGAUCAAUAUAUGGCCGGUUAUUCAGAAUGUGUACGACAAAUGUGUGAAUAUUUGACAAAAAAUCAAUCAAAAAUAUCAUAUGAAUCGGUGAAAGAAUUUCUUCAACAAUCAUUAUCGAUAACAUAUCAGAAUCAUAAUCAUCAAAGAUCACAAACGACUGCUACUACUACUACUACUACGACGACAACGUUUGUAACACCACCAUCACCGGCACCAUCAUCUGAAUCAUUAUCAUCAUCAUCAUCAUCAUCGAAUCAUGGAUGUUCACCACCAACUUCAAUAUCAUCAAAUUCUAAUUCAAUAAUUAAAUCAUCAUCAUUAACAACAACAAUCAUAACGGAUAAUAAUUACCGAAAACGAAAAAGAUUUCCAGAAUCAGAUACGGAUGCAGAAAUCACUGAUGAUGAUUCAGAUGGUGUUAUUGAUGAUGAUGAUGAUGAUGAUGAUGAUGAUUUUGGUUAUGGAUCAGAUUAUCAUCAACAACAUGAAAAUCAUCCAUUAAAUCUAAAGAUUAUGAAACAUGAUGAUUCACAGCAACCACGACGGCAACAAGAUUGUUUUGAUGAUGAUGAAAAUGUAUGGCGUCCAUGGUGAAAAUUCUUCUUUUUUUUGUAAUAUAAA